AUGUCACGACCGAUGUUGAACAUUGGGGUUUGGGGAUUUGGCCCCAGAGACUACAAAACCUUUGUUGCCAAAAACCGCCAGCUAGAGAGCACUUUGAAGGCUCUAGGUGGCCGCAAGUGGCUCUAUGCUCAUAUAUACUACACCGAAGAUGAGUUCUGGGCCGAGUAUGAUCAACCGUGGUAUCGAGCCCUCGCGGAAAAGUACUUUGCUACGACUCUACCAACUAUAUAUGACAAGGUGAAGGUCGAGCCCCAAGCUGAAGGGGAGAAUCCCAACCAGUGCAGCAAGUCUUGGCUGAGCGCAUGGCCUAUUGGAGGGCUAUAUGGUAUGAUUCUAGCUACACUCUCUGGAGAUAUUAGCUUUCAUCGUCGGGCGAUGUGGAGACACAAGGAACAUUAG